AUGGACAAUGAGCAACUUACCGAGGAGGAGGACAUGCACACACUCACAACCCAGACUGUGGCGCCCAAGCCCACAAGCGUGCUCCACAGAGGAGGCAGCCGGUCACCAAACGCCGUGACCACCGCACCCAAACAAAGACAUAUGCCUGCGCGCUGCGCGUUCCCGUGUCUUUAUGGGCACUGCUCGGUGACGCCCACCAAUCAGCUCAGGGCCAGCCCUUUCUAG